UGGCGCCCGGAGCCCACCGAUCCCAUCCCUGCGGCCUGUGGCGCGCGCUCGCCUGAGCAGCCUCUCUCGCACCUCAAAGCCAUAGCCGCACCCGCGCCCGGUCCAUCCAAGCCGUCUCCGCAACUCUCGCCACUCGCAGUCGCCUCCCCGCGCUGCGCUCCCCGUUGCCACGAGAGGGGAUGGCGACGGCGAGCGGCGUCUCCUCCGGACCCGUGCUGCAGCUCCCCUCUUUGCGGGUAGGAGGACGCUCCUCUGCGUUUCGGGGCGUCUCCUCCGGACCCGUGCUGCAGCUCCCCUCUUUGCGGGUAGGAGGACGCUCCUCUGCGUUUCGGGUGCCGGCCAAGAGCUUGCUGCCUCGGAGAACAGCUGCUGGAGUACCGGCAGGUAACUUUUUUGUGAAGAAUGAUGUUGUAUAUAACGGAAGAAACUACCACCAUUUUCUACCAUUGAAGCAAAGAGGAGGUUUGCAAGCAGCAGUACUGCCUGUUACUCCACCAAUAUUAGAUGAUGAGGGAAAAAGGAAGCAAAUGGCUGAAGAUUAUGGAUUCUCACAAAUUGGAGAACAACUACCAGAUAGUGUUACUCUUAAAGAUGUCAUGGAUACUCUACCUAAAGAGGUAUUUGAAAUCGACGAUAUAAAAGCUUGGACAUCAGUUUUAAUAUCAGUUACUUCUUAUGCAUUGGGACUAUUUUUUAUUGCAAAAGCUCCAUGGUAUCUUCUUCCCUUGGCUUGGGCAUGGACUGGCACAGCAGCGACCGGGUUUUUUGUUAUAGGUCAUGAUUGCGCCCACAAAUCAUUUUCAAGGAAUAAGCUGGUGGAAGAUAUUGUUGGAACUUUAGCAUUCAUGCCAUUGAUAUAUCCUUAUGAACCAUGGAGAUUUAAGCAUGACCGACAUCAUGCCAAGACAAACAUGUUGAUAGAAGAUACUGCAUGGCAACCUGUUUGGCAAAAGGAAAUUGAAUCAUCACCUGUUCUAAGGAAGGCAAUUAUUUUUGGCUACGGCCCUAUCAGGCCAUGGAUGUCUAUUGCUCACUGGUUGAUUUGGCACUUUGAUCUAAACAAAUUCAGACAAAAUGAAGUUCCCAGGGUUAAGAUAAGCUUAGCAUGUGUGUUUGCAUUCAUGGCGAUUGGAUGGCCUCUGAUCAUUCUCAAAACAGGGCUUGCUGGAUGGUUUAAGUUCUGGUUCAUGCCAUGGAUGGUUUAUCAUUUUUGGAUGAGCACUUUUACAAUGGUACAUCACACAGCUCCUCAUAUACCAUUCAAAUCAUCAGAAGAGUGGAAUGCUGCACAGGCCCAAUUAAAUGGCACAGUUCACUGUAACUAUCCUCGAUGGAUAGAGAUCCUUUGUCAUGACAUCAAUGUGCAUGUCCCACACCAUAUCUCUCCAAGAAUUCCAAGUUAUAACCUUCGUGCUGCCUAUGACUCCAUCAAACAGAACUGGGGCAAGUAUGUCAAUGAAGCCAACUGGAACUGGCGAUUGAUGAAAACGAUACUGACUAGAUGCCAUGUGUAUGACAAGGAGAGAUACUACGUUCCGUUCGAUGAGCUCACGCCUGAGGAAUCCCAGCCAAUCAAAUUCCUUCGGAAGUUCAUGCCAGAUUAUGCAUGAUACAAUUACUACUGUUGACUAGUUGAGAGUAUUGUUUACAUAGGCGGACACAAUUACAGUGACUUAGAGAGAAGACUCUUCCUAACAGCAAUGAUACACAAACCGGAAUUGUGACUCAAAAAUUAAUAUGCCGAAUUGUGUUACACGGCUUCAGAAAGGUUGCCAAAAAAUGAUGCUAAUUUUCUUUAUUUUACUCCAUGUUACAGGAGUAUUUAUGCAGUGGGAAAGCGAGCAUUUGUAUGGUUCUCCAAUACAUUUGUGUAUCAUGAAAUAUACAUACACUAGCGUGUGGCUGCUACUUGCCUGUACUGAACCUUUGCUCUGUACCCCAAUUGAUUCAUGGAGAUGUUCUCAAGUGACCAAGUCGGCUGGCCACUGCUUGUAAAUUCUGUUGAUUUUUAUGGUUAUUCUUAAAAUUCUCUUUGUUA